UCCACGGUUGCUGGAGGAUUAUCAUGUGUUGUUAGAUAGAGACGCAUGCUCAGUUCCCCCAGCUGCUCCAUACCGCGCCGCUCCGCUUUCCUGGAGACCGGACGGGGGCCAGCUGUGAGAGCAGCGCAGUUGAAAAUGAGACUGCAGCAGCGGGGAGAGCGACUGGCGCUGGGAAGGGUUGUCUGUCUUUAUCGCUGAAAGAUAGGAAGGAACCCCCGUUGACCGAUGAGACGGGAGCCAUAGGCCGCGUCUUUCAAAAUACUAGAGGAAUUCGUCAAUGCGAAGAAAACAACAAAUUAAAAUCACAGGAAGGGCACGAUGCAUCCCGGACUGAGCCAGCGAGCUAGCGGAAUGACUGUGCCCCAGUCUGCUGGUUUCUACGAACGGAAGAAACGCAACUCGAUCAUGGUGACUGUCUCUCUGCUCGUCAUCUCAGUGCUGAUCCUCAUCAUAGGCGUGGCUGCUACCACCAGAACGCAGAACGUCACCGUGGGAGGCUACUAUCCAGGAGUCAUUCUUGGCUUCGGAUCCUUUAUUGGAAUAAUCGGAUCCCACUUGAUUGAAAACAAAAGGCAGAUGCUGGUAGCCUCCAUUGUGUUCAUCAGCUUCGGGGUGGUGGCCUCUUUCUGUUGUGCAAUUGUAGAUGGAGUGUUUGCGGCGAGGCACAUUGAUCUAAGACCCCUGUAUGCAGGACGAUGCCAUUACUACUCAUCUCUUGAUGAAAAAGACGUGCCUUGUCAAAUGUCGUCACGAGCCUCCUGCAGCCUCAAAGUCAAAUCCAACACGUGCUACUGUUGUGACCUCUACAUCUGUGGCAAAUCUCGCAAUGAACUGGGGGCAGGAUACCACGAGUAUGUGGACGUUCAGAGCUGCCAGGACGUGAUCCAUCUUUACCACUUGCUGUGGUUUGCGACAAUACUGAAUAUCGUGGCCCUGUUUCUCGGGAUCGUCACCGCUGCGGUGCUUGGAGGAUUUAAAGAUAUGGGCCCUCCUCUCGCCUCCUGUGAGCCGGAGACACUGCCCGCCCCGAUGACCUGUGAACCCCAACAGCAGGUGACCCCCUACAGCAGCUACAGCGCCCCACACCUACCCCCGUACACUGCCUACGACCUGCAGAAUUCCAUCAUCUUCCCAGCAGCCACUCCGUCAGGCCUUUCAGACGAUUCCCAGUCGGGCUCCAGCUACAUGUGGGCGUCCCCCGCCCCUCCGCGUUACUCCCCGCCCUACUUCUCUCCAGAUGAGAAGCCGCCCCCCUACAGCCCCUGAGGACAGGCUCCAGACCUCCUCACGCAUUGCUGGAGACACUGGCAGGAACUUUAAUGUGACAGGGGAAGGGUUCUGCCAUCAUCAUCCCUGCAAAGAAGACACUGUGAUUUUUUUCUACAGGAAUUUAAUUUCGGAACUUUAUAGACCGGAGCACCGUGCACGCUACUGUACAGUAUUGUGGAGGCUUCUCUGAUGAUCUCGUUGCUCACGACAGCGAAACCUGUUAGCAGCCUUGCCUGAGCUGCUUGUGUUUAAGUGGUUUUAAGGAAUGAUAACCAAAGCCUUCCAUUUUCAUUGCUGUGCGCUGAAGAUCUUUUGGUUCUUUGCUUUAAAAAAAAAAAAGUAGAUAUUUUAAAUCCACUACUAUAGAUUCCAGGUACCCAAAUGAUCAUUAAAGACAGGAAGAGGAGCCAGUGCCAAGAAGAUGGGGUUUAAAAGACUUGGUUAGCACGCCUUUAAGGAUCAGGGUUAUUUCUGAACCUAUUGAUAGGAGGGCUUUACAAUGUGAAAAGUAACUUUUAUUGGACGUUUUACAAGCAAUAUAAUAGGUACAGUAUGCAUUUGCCUGUCGUUGAGGAGUUCCCUAACCAGGUAUACGAAUAAGAAGACUUUCCUCCUUUGCAGCCACCAUGUGGACAUCUCCAGGUAGCAAGCCAUGAUGACGGCUUUUAACAGGACCUCAUGGACAGCACGUCACUUACUGGUCUACAAACAGCCUUAAAAAAGACCUUUGACAAUACCAUUGUGUUAAACAUCAUCAUAAUAAUAAACCACUGUAUGAGGGGCUUUUACCGAUGUAGCAGUUUCAAGACAGUGAAGUCCAUUAACCUUACAUUUCAAAUGUGCUUUCUGUUAUAACAGUACUGAAAAGUGCCAGAACUGUGAUUCAUGUUGAUCUGCUCCAUCUCAAGAGAGGUUUGGUGGAGGAUUGUGCCCGCACUGCCGUUGAACUAAGAUAGCAAAUAUAACGUUAGUUUGGAAACGUCUUGGUGCAAUCCAGUGUUUAAUUAGUUUUUUUUUAGGGUUUUAGCGGGGCAGAUCGGUUCUCCUCGGCAUCCCGCGAAAGUAAGCGGGUCACCUCGGGUCGACCUGUACACUUUCAAAAAUUUCUAACGAGUUUUGAGCAAGGAAUUGGGUGUCACCCCGACUCAUUAUUUUCCUUACUCAUUAGUUUAAGGCAUGCAAUCCAGUGUUUUAAUUUGAAAGUGCUUAAGCUCAUGAGUUAAAAGGUACAAUGUCAAAAGUUUUGAUUUGGUUAUAUUACAAUGUCACUCAACUUACUGGCUUCAGCACAUACAUUGCUGCCAUGUGUUAUAAUGUGGAAGAGCCCAUGUGCUUAUUUUGUUUCUUGACUGUUUUAAACCCUGGACUCCAUAACUGGAUAUUACAAUAAGCAAAAAAGUGUGUUUAUAAAUAUCAGAGCAGUAUGUCAUUUUGUUUGCAUAUAUUUUGUAAUAACACAGCAUCUCAAGACAUGGUAGAAGGUUACUGAUGAACUCAGAGGGAAGGAAAUAUUGCUUUCCUUUAAGUGAAAAUUCAGUUAUUUAAAAGGUGUGCAGCAGUGACGACAUUUAGAUCUUUUAUUUAACAUCAUGUAGUCAAAGAAACUACAAUAUCGCAAAAAGUCUACCGGAAGCCAUAAUACUAGUACAGUAUUUCAUGUUCCAUUUCAAAAUGCCAUUUGUCAGCUUUUUUCAUUAAGUAUGUGGGAACACUACAAAGUGGUAUGUAAUUCAAUAUGUUAACGUAUCAUUAUUCAGCAGGUUUCACGCCACUGUAUGAGGCAGUCAGUUGAUUCUAUAGGGUGCUGCAAAACUUCUGGCCACAGCUACACAGUAGAUUACAUCAACUGGAACCUGUCAUCAAUAAAGAGUCUCGCACUGAAGUGGUCUUAUCUCACUGCAAGGAGUUUAAACACUGGUUUUAUUACACAUUACCAUCAAUACCAUACCCUUUUCCUCGAGGACUUUCUAACUCUAGCACACACACACACCCCCUCCCGCCAUCAACACAAAGUCCCAACCAUGAGUAAUUUGUCCACCUUGUACCUUAUGGAGCCAAGGGAAUGGUUGGAAAAACAUUUGUGGAACAUUAUUGCAGAUGUUUCACAAGCCGUGUGCAGACAGGCAUUGUCCUGUUUGACGUGCCAGAAAUGGCAAAAUAGGAGGUGUUCACUUCUUUACUUUGCUGCUGCAUGGUGAUCUACACGUGAGUUAUGAACCUGGAAUGAAGAUAGUCUCCAAAAAUGUAAGGUUGUAAAUGGUUUAGUUUUUUCACCCAAAAAGUGUUGAAUUUUUUUUUUUUCCAUGCAUUCUUUAAGGACUAGGCUUGCAUUGUUUUCUCAAUUUAAAGGCGUUUUCUAAGAACAUGUGUCCGUGUCUGUAUAAAGGAAUAAAACAAACUGGAUUUAU